CUUGGCUGGAGCUUUCGCCUCGGCGGAGGCCGCGCGCCGGACCUCGACCUCUCCAAGCUCCCGAGGCCCCCGUCGCCGCCGGGACCAUCCAAGAAGAGGAUGUCGCUUCUACUAAUCCUGAUACUGCUCCUCCUGGCUGUCCUGCUCCUGCUCCUGGUGUCGGCGGCCAUCGCGAUGUUCGUCGUGCGGCGGCAACGGUGGCGCCGACAACGCCAGGAGUUCUCCGAGGAGGAGGAAGGCUGGGAGAUGAUAGAUUACAGCCCACACAGGAUCAGCUACAAGGACCUGCACGACGCCACCAAUGGCUUCCGCGACGUCAUCGGCGUGGGCGGCUUCGGCCGCGUGUACCACGGCGUGCUCCCGAGGUCCGGCGUCGAGGUCGCCGUCAAGAAGGUGUCCCACGGGUCGCAGCAGGGGUUGCAGGAGUUCGUGUCGGAGAUCACGAGCAUGAGCCGGCUGCGCCACCGCAACCUGGUGCAGCUCCUCGGCUACUGCCGGCGGCGCGACGAGCUGGUGCUCGUCUACGACUACAUGCCCAACGGCAGUCUGGACCAGCACCUGUUCGGCCGCGCCGCGCCGGGGCUGAGCUGGGAGCAGCGCGCCAAGAUCGUCCGGGGGGUCGCCGCCGGACUGCUGUACCUGCACGAGGGGUGGGAGCAGGUGGUGGUGCACCGGGACAUUAAGGCCGGCAACGUGCUCCUCGACGCCGACAUGAACGGCAAGCUCAGCGACUUCGGCUUCGCGCGGCUCUACGACCACGGCGGCGACCCGCAUGCGACGCACGUGGUCGGCACGCUCGGGUACAUCGCGCCGGAGAUGAGCAAGACCGGCAUGGCCACCACGAGCUCCGACGUCUUCGCCUUCGGAGCCUUCCUGCUGGAGGUGGCGUGCGGCCGCAGGCCCGUGGUGUUCACCGUGGACGCCGACGGCGACUCGCCGUCACCGGCGGGGAUCGUCGAGCUCGUCCUCCAGCGCUGGAAGGCCGGGAAGAUCACGCAGGCUCGGGACCCGAGGAUCGGCGAGUGCGACGAGGACGACCUGGAGCUGGUCCUCAAGCUGGGGCUGCUCUGCUCGCACCCCGACCCAGAGCGCCGGCCGGGCAUGAGGCAGGUGGUGCAGAUGCUGGAACACGCCGUGCCCCCGCCAGAGAUGUCGCCGGAGGUUAUCAGCGAGAGCAUGAAGCAGUUCGAGCACCAUGAGGCUUUUGACGAG